AGCUCACAAUCACAUAAUAGCUGAAGCUGCUACUAUUUGAACCUCCACCAUACCCACCACACUUUUCAUUCACUCCCUCUAUCCACUAUACUAUUCUAAUCACUCUCAAUUUCCCUCUUGUCUCAUAUCCAAAGACAUGGAACAGAUUGUUGUCCCCUUUGACAACGAAAUUGCACUAACCACUUCAAUCUCUUCCUCCAAAUCCAAAGGGGAAGAAGUGUUGCAUGAUAAUAAUAAUAAUAAUAAUAGUAAUAGUAAUAAUAACAAGGUGAAAAACAUGAAGAAAUCAUGUAAUGAUGGGAAUAUUCAUCCAUUGUAUCGUGGCGUACGCAUGCGUCAAUGGGGAAAAUGGGUUUCGGAAAUUAGAGAGCCCAAAAAAAAGUCCAGAAUUUGGCUCGGUACUUUUCCAACUCCAGAAAUGGCAGCUCGAGCUCAUGACGUUGCAGCCCAAGCCAUCAAAGGUAGUUCGGCUUACCUCAAUUUCCCCGAAUUAGCCGAUCACCUUCCGCGCCCAGCCACCACUUCUCCUAAGGACAUUCAAGCCGCCGCCGCCAAGGCAGCUACAAUGGGCUAUCUUCAUGAAACUCAAAAUUACUACCAAGCCCAAGCCCACGACAACAAAAAAACGUCAAAUUCAUGUUUACGUGACGAGGAUGACACAUUCUUCGACCUCCCUGAUCUCUUAGUCGACUUAAAUAACAGUUCACGUGAAUUUAAUAACGCCUCUACCUCCAUGCCGUGGGUCGUCGCCGGAGCUGAACAUCCUGACUCAGGUUUUGGUCUUAAUGAGACUUUCCCGGGGGAACCUUACUAAUUUGUUAAAGGUUAAAUUAUUAUUAUUUCUUAUG